AUGUUGAAGGAGAGUACAAAUCUAUGCACAUUCUUAUACCUAUUACUGAUCUCUCUCUAUAGCGAGUGGUUUGUAAAAUGUAACACAAAUCUUAACAAGAUUGAGCUGAUUAAACUGUCCGAGUAUGACAACCUUCUACCGAGUCUAGAACACUUUCUUAUGGAGCUGAAGGACAUGGACCACAUUGAAUGUACUAUGGCGUGCUUGAUGAACAAGCUUGUUUGUGCAGGAGUUUUCUACAACAACUUGACCAAAUUCUGUAAACUACCAACAAAUCACCCAAACGAAUCAAUGGUCUACGAUACUCAACCCGGCUGGGAGUUCUGGAAAAAUAUAGGAUGUGACCCCGGCUGGCUUUAUCAUUCAGAACACUGCUAUCUUCUCACUCAUAGAAAAACGUCUUGGCAUGACGCACAGCUUCAAUGUGAAAGUAAUGGGGCCUUCCUCGCUGAGAUCAAAUCUGCCAAGGAGAACUCAUGGAUUACAGAAAAACUCAUGGAUACAAACAUGUUUGUUCUUCAAGAAAGCCAAGGGUUGCCUGAUUUUACUGAACAAGUGUGGAUUGGUGCAAAUGAUAUUGAUAAUGAAGAUUCGUUCAUCUGGAGUGAGACGAAUUCUACUUUGAACUUCUCGAAUUGGAAUCAGGGAGAACCAAAUGAUGAAUACGGCGAGGAUUGCCUGGCAAUUAUCCACAAAACAGGAAAGUGGAACGACCUUCCUUGUUCAUCGAAUCUCAGUUACAUUUGCGAGAAAAGAAAAUAA